AUGUCAAAUAAUCCAAUUGUACAACAAAUUCAUAAUACACCACAAAAGAAAUUAACAAACUCACAGUAUUCAACAUUUAGUGGAUCAUCAGGUCAAGAUGGUAUAAAUGAUAAUGAUAGUUUUGUAAAUUUUCCAGCUAGCGAAUGGUUAUCAAAGGCUAUGCACAAGCAUUCAGAUAUUUUAGAGCUUCGUGAAAGAACAAGACCAAUUACAAAUUCAAAAUCAUAUUCUAGAAAUAAAAGAGCAGGUAAAACAGAGGCAAGCCAUGCAAUCAAUGAUACCAUCUUAUUAAAAAUGGUUAUGCAAUAUCUUCACGAGGAGAAUUUAACUACAAGUUUAAAGAAAAUUCAAGAAGAGACUAAACUUCAAUUCGUUCCAAACGAAGUCGAUAAAGAUACACUCGAAAACUUACUUAGAAUUGGAAUUAAAGAUAUUAAUUGGUUUGGACCAUUAGCAAACAACGAGGAUCCUGAUUGUGAGGUAGAAACUUAUCAUGCUUAUAAUUCAGACGAUUCAAACGAAAAUAAUUUAGAAGAGGGUAAUUUAGCUGAUGAUCGUUAUGAUGAAAGUCAAAUUAUAAGAAAUCCAGAUAUGACAAUUCAAGCAGCAUCAUUAAACAGAUUAUUAUUAUGGUUAGUUGGAAAUUUUAAUGGCCAAGAUGCAAAUGAAAAGAAAAUAUUUUUUUUAACUUAUCCAUCAUUUACUUCAGCUGAAACUAUUUUAAACAAAUUUAUUCAAAUUUAUCAUUCAUUUGAAAAUAUAGAUAGUGCUCAAGUUAUUUGUUUUAUUAAAGUAUGGAUUGAACAACAACCAACAGAUUUUAAUGAAAAACUAUUAGCUAUUCUAAAUAAUUUUAUUGAUCAUCAAGUUGCAACUGCUCAUGCUAAACAAUUACGUGCAGUUAUUAGUUCAAAAAUUGAAAAGAAAGAAACUCAAAGAAGAGAAAUUAAAGAUCCACCAGAACCAAAAGUACCAAAGAAUAUAUUUUCACCAACUUUAACAUUUGAUGAUAUAGAUGAAGAAGAGAUAGCAAGACAAUUAUGUGUUAUUGAUUUCGGACUUUACGAAUUAAUAAAGACAUCAGAAUUUUUAAUUAAAGGUUGGACCAAACCACAAUUUCGAUCAAAGGCAGUCAAUCUUUUAAAUAUGAUGAGAAGAUUUAAUGAUUUUACAAAGUGGAUUGCAAGCUCAAUUCUUAAUGAACAAAACUCUAAAGGAAGAACCAAGCUUUUAGGCAGAUUCUUAAAGAUUUCCGAACAUCUUCGUGCCAACAAUAAUUUCCAUUCCUUAAUGGCAAUCUAUGGUGGUAUUAAUAAUACUCAUGUAUUUAGAACCAAAGCUAUCCGUAAAGAUCUUUCAAAACAACAACAAGAAACAUUUGCAGAUUUGGAAAAGCUUUUCUCGAGCGAAAAUAGUUUUAGAAAUUAUAGAAUAAAUUAUAAAGAUGCAAAACCACCAUGUAUUCCUUUCCUUGGUAUUCAUUUGCGUGACUUGGCGUUUGUCGACGAAUCAAAUCCAGAUAGAAUUAAUAAUUUAAUAAAUUUGAACAAACGUAGAAUCAUUUGGAAAGUAAUUACAAAUACUAUGCGUUACCAACCAAUGGCCUAUAAUUUCUUAAAAGUUCAUCAAAUAUCCUUAUUUUUAACAGAAUUAAAAAUUGAUGUAGAACAAACACAACCAUUAGAUUUUUCCCCCGAUACUGUAUUACCAAAUUCAACAACUAAACAAUAA